GUACAAGGAUACACUCCAAGGCGAUCUUUUCUCUAUAUCCCAGGAAAUGAAGAGCGCAAAGUGACCAAGGCAACUGGUUUAAAAGCGGAUUGUGUUGUUUUGGAUUGCGAAGAUGGAGUCGCUUCAAACAAGAAGGUAACCUGUUUGGGUUGAAUUUGGGAGAAUUUUAUGAAAACUUAAAGCUUGUGAAAUAAAGAGAUUUUGUCUGUUUUUCGGUCUUGUUAAAGGGAAUUCUGGUCCUUAGCUAGAAAAUGCAUUUAUGUUAAUAACAGCUGACGAGUGCAAUGGAUAAAAACCGAUAUCGGAAAACCAAUCGAUCGGAAUACAUCGGUAGUAAACUAACGAUAAUCACUUUUUCAUUGAUAUCGAUUGAGUCAGUCAUCAUUGGAAAUCGAUGGUUACUUUUUUUAUUGCUAUCGAUAUCGUUUUCGAUUUCUCGAUUUCAAUCAAAACACCUCAUCCCUUAAAAAGGUAGUGAAAAUUGGGCUGGUUUGGACGACCUGCAGACAACAAGCAUAUGUUUUCAUUUGCUUUUCCAUUCACUGUGGAUUUACGCUUCAUUGGAUUGUUUUGAAUCAGUUGUUUUUGCGACAUUUAGGCAGCCUGACUGAGGGGUUAGAACACUUAACAUACAAUCCAAAGAUCCUUAUUUCAAGCCCCUCUCCCUCCACCGCCUCCCAUCCACUAGUUGGCCUUGUUGAGGCCAUAUUAGGGUCAAAUUUUGACAAGCGACACGGCCUUGAAACAGCAACAUAAGACUAGAUAAAAUGGUAACAAACAACAUAAAGAUGGGUUAAAUACUGACAGGGGCAUGGCCUACUCUUCAAAACAUGAACCUUUGUCCCUCCCCCUCCCCCAUCCCUCACUCAGAGGGCUUCCUUGUUGACAUAACUAUUUUCUUGUUUAGGAAGAAGCAAGGAGCACUAUUCACAAUCUUCUUGGUCAACUGAACUUUGGCUCUAGUGAAGUGUGUGUCCGUAUCAACUCUAUUGAAACUGGUUUAGCGGAAGAUGAUUUAAGAGCUGCCCUAACAGCGAAGGUUUUGCCUCACUCUAUUGUGGUGCCCAAAGUAGACACUGUGGAACAUUUGGAUUGGGUAAAU